CGGUCACACUAUCGAUAGCUACACGUGCAGCUGGAUAAUUCCGCCAGUCCCAUAGAUAGUUGAAGCAUUCAAAUUGGGACACCAGCCAUGGGCGAGAUUGUGGAAGCUUUGUUCACCUGCGUCUCCAGCGAAGACAAUACGACAUGCAGUGUCCAGGAUCUGCGGACUGGUACCGAUCUGAUGAAAUACAAGGGCGGUGGCAAUGCCCAACAUCACAGCUUGGCCAUGCUUAGCUCCCACUAUGUGAUGGCAGCCAAUACGAUGAAACCACUGCUGCAUGUGUGGCCCAUUAAUGGGCAAGAGCAGAUGUCUGGCCUGCGAUUCGUAGUGCCAGGAAAGGUGAAUGCAUUGGCACUUUCGCCGGACGGAGCCUUUCUUGUGGUGGGCAUACAGGAGAACAUUUACAUUUGGCACCUGAACACCGGUCGCAUGCUAAAUACAAUAUCGAGGCACUAUCAGGCCAUCACAUGUCUACGGUUCAACGACAAUGGUGAGCACUUUGUCAGCGCUGGAAAGGAUGGAGCUGUGCUCGUUUGGAAUUUGACGCAGGCGGUGUCGCCCCUGGACACUGGCGACCAGGAGGCCAAUGCUCCGCUAUACAGUUUCUAUGACCAUGGUUUGGCGGUGACAGAUCUAUAUAUUGGUCUAGGCGGUCUGCGAUCGUUUAUGUAUACCGUUUCCUUAGAUCGAUGCUGCAAAUUGUAUGACCUAAACAGUGGUUCAAUGCUCUUAAGUGUGGUCUUUCCCGUUGCCUUGCACAGUGUGAUUGUGAAUCGACUUGAGACAAUGGUCUAUGUGGGCACUAGUGAGGGUACGAUUCUGCCCUUUCAUCUGCAAAAAGUGCCGCGACAGAAAGAGUAUCACCUGGAAGAGGAGGAAAGUCAGGCCUUCGCUGGUGGUCAUUUGGCAGGCAAGGCCAUAAGCUGCCUGGCGUUAUCUGUGAACGGGCAACAGCUAAUCUCAGGCGGCGAGGAUAAACUUGUGUGCUUGUGGGAUGUGACCAGUAGACAACUCAUUAAGAGUAUAGCCCAGACUGGGGUUGUUACCAAUCUAAGGGUCCGCCUUUGUAGUCCGUCUAUCUUUCAACCAGAGAACAAGCAGCCUCAGUUAUUUGCCGAUAGUCUAAAACGAAUGAUCAGUCCGGCGGAUGACGACGACGAAUGUAUUCAGCUUAACAUACACGAAGUGUACUCCAAAGGAUAUUGCAUAAAGCCAAGAGAUUUCAGUGAGCCGGAAGUGGGAUUCAAAGCAACAACUAAUGGCUUUUGUCACAGCAAUGGGACUGAAGCAGCAAGUGAAGACAAGGAAACAACUGAAAAGGCCAACCUGGAGAACGGAAAACCAUCUGAGGAGGAGGAGUUGGCCAAUUCGGAAGAUGAAGCCAGCGAAGAAGAUGAGGAGGACGCGGAAGAUGACGAGGAUGAUGAUGAUGAUGAUGAUAAUGAUGAGGAGGAGGCCGCAGAGGAUGAUGAUGAAGAAAUCGCCUCUGAUGAGGAAACUACCGAAGAAGAGCUGGACGACAGCUUGACAUCGAACCCUUCCAAACCGGACGAUGCCCAGCUGCAGAAAUUAAUCGAAGAGAAUUCUAGACUCAAGGCUGAAGCCCAACGCAUGUUUGAGAUAAUGUUCAAUCACAUUGCAAUUAAUCCAAAGCCCCAGCCUCAGCCCCAGUCCACAGAGAAGCGUAAAAAAGCUCGCAAGAACUAAACAUCUGUCUCUGGUCGUGUAGUUUCCGCUACAGGAUUCAAAUCUUUAGGUUUACUUAGAUUUAGGAAACAAAGUCAAAUGUAAUAACACACACACAAAAUACAAAACGUAGACUGUACAUAAAAUCAA